GGGACCCUCGGGUUUUAGGGGUUAAGAAAGCAGUACACUUUUCAAAUGAUCUUAGCAUUCACAAAAGGAAGCAUAAUUGUGGAAAUAAAAAUAAAAUAAUUAAAGAUGCAUUCAAUUAUAAGAAGGAUUUGAAGGGCUUGCAAUGUCAAAUAAAAUUAUGGUGGAGUUAUUUGCAUAAAUAAAAAUAAAUCAAGAUGCUUGUUCUACUUUUACUAAAACUUACCUAGUGAAUCUAGUUGUGAUGGUAGGUGAACUUGUCAGUUUUUACAUAAAGAUGUAUUACUAAAAAGAUUUAUCUAGUUGGCCCUCACUAUUCAUUAUUUUAUUUUUAAUUUUAGAACAUAGCAAUAAGGCAACAUUGUUUUUCACUAAAUGCACCAAGAUAUUCAGCCAGCAGCUGGAAACAAGAGCAUCAUUGCUCCACGUAUGUACUGAGAUGCCUUCAAAUGAAAGCAACUGCAAAAAAGUUUUUUUUUAAUAAUAAUUAGGCACUAUUCAUUUUCUUUCUUCUUUUUUCAGAAAAUUUAAGGUGAUAAACAUCGUCACCACUGUUUCCCUGUUGGGAAUCCUCAUGGUUGUUUAUUUAAAAGAACCUAAAAGUGCUUUUCCUGCUGAUUAUUUCAACACCAACCAGGAAUUGUAUGCAAAUAAAUUAAAGGACGAAAAUGCCACCACCCAAGCACAAGAACUCCUCCAGCCAAAAUGUGAGCAAAACAUGGAAGCAGAGAAACUCUGGAAAUUUAGCUCUCUUCCUGAACAGAUUCGGGAUUUUCUUUACUAUCGUCACUGUCACCGAUUUCCCAUUAUCCUGGACCUCCCUCACAAAUGUGGACGACCAAAUAAGCCCAAAGACAUCUUUCUACUGCUAGUUAUUAAAAGUCCCCCCAACAACUUUGAGCACAGAGAGGUGCUGCGCAAGACCUGGGCUAAGGAGAGGUCACAUAAUGGGAAGAGGAUUCAAACGAUCUUCAUUUCAGGAACAGAUGGUUAUGGAUAUGACACAGAAAGGCUGAACAAACUCGUUGCACUGGAGCACAAACAACAUGGAGACAUUCUCCAGUGGGACUUCAGAGAAUCAUUUUUCAACCUGACUCUAAAGCAGAUCCUUUUCCUGGAGUGGAUGAACAGACGCUGUCCACAUGCUCGUUUCCUGCUAAACGGUGAUGAUGAUGUCUUCGCCCACACGGACAACAUGGUGGAGUAUCUUCAGAGCCUCGAGGACAACAAUGGAACCAAGCAUCUCUUUACUGGGCAAGUAAUUGAAAACGCUGGCCCUAUCAGAUGGCCGCAAAGCAAGUACUUUGUUCCACUUCAGGUGUAUGAUGGAAAUUCAUAUCCUGCUUACUGCGGUGGUGCGGGUUACCUCAUGUCUGGCUACACUGCUUCAGUCAUUUAUGAGAAGUCAAAGUCCGUUGAAAUACUUCCGAUUGACGAUGUCUACAUGGGGAUGUGUUUGGAUGCAGCAAAACUUAAACCCACCACUCAUAUGGGUGUGAGUACACUUGGAUGGUACAUUCCCUCUAGAACGGUUGACAAAUAUCACCCUUGUUUCUUGAAAGAAGUACUUGUGAUACACAAAUUCUCUCCAGCUAGUUUAUAUAUUUUGUGGCAUGAAGUACACAACCCCAAAAUCAAGUGUGGUGUUCAAUGGUUAAAAUCACUUUUUUAAAAGCCUUUUUGUUAAUUUUUAAAUGCUAAUGCAUAAAAUUAUUAUUUUUUUAAUCACAAUAACAGAGGGAUGUUACUAACCAUAACAUGUAAUCUGGUAAUUUGAUCAUUUGGAAAAAGACUGAGAAAGAUUUUUUGAGCCAUUUUCUAGAACGAACUUCCAUGCCUCCUUUGCCACACAGUCUCAACAAGAAGACGUUUUUAUGCUUUCCGUUGCAAGCUGGCACGAUUUUCCGGAGUCACGGUGAAAUGUUUUGUGAAGUUUACUUUGGCAGGUAGUGUGACACAUGGCUCCUCUCCUCUUCUUUAUGAGGCACGAAAUUAAUGGUUUAAAUAAGCAGUUUACUAACCAAAACAUGAAGACUUUUAAAACAAAGACAGACUUUUAAAACUGAGGGAAAAAGCUUUAUUUGCAAAGUUAAUCAUUCAGAUAAAGCCAUCAUUUUAAUCUCUGUUGGCCAGCAAUCUGGUUAGUUUGUAUAAAACAUAAAGUGGUGGACCAUAGAAGUGAAUAUCAAACUUGCACUUUUACAUUAGCCAUUAAAAGUUGUGUCAUCAGUCGUGUCAUAAAUGUGUGACAACAAAAAUAAGUAAGAAGCCUGUUCUUUCCAUGGUUGGGUCAUGCCAAAAACUUUAAAAAAUGGGUCCCAGUGCCUCCCCGCUUGACACUCAGCUUUAAGGGGUUGGAUUGGGGGAUUAAACCUCCAAAUGGUUCCCGAGUGCAGCCACUGCUGCAGCUCACC